AUGGAACACAACGACGCUUUUGACUAUAUCGCCAACUUGGAAAGACGCAUUUAUCGCCUGAAGCGGAUCCUUAGGGAGUGUGUGCCUUACCUCCCACAGGAUGUCAUUUUAGGAUGUCAGAUUCCGCAAGAACUCGAUUCAUCUCAUAUUCUCCAACUUCCAGUUUCUCCGGCUCCUCCAGCCCCUUCAUCGGUUCAGGAUCGAAGGUCACCCCCAUCAAGUUCCUCUGCUCCACAGGAAACAUGGAGAAAACCAUUACGGAUUUUCAUCGAUAAAAUACCUUUUGCAAGAAAAUGGCCUGGCACCAUCUCUCCUCCACCAGUCUCUGUUCUAGACGUCUUAUUCCAAAACGAUACUGCCCUGAGAGAACGAGAUUCCUCAACAACUGAUAUUCGUUAUCGACAUUCCGAUAUCCUACAAACCCUUGGAAAUUAUGCUUCACUCACACAAAAAUGUGUCAACGAUGCGAAGUGGGCGAACUUCAUUGUGUCCUAUCAGAAAUUUGUGCUAGGGGCGCUCUGCCAUGUUGCAUGCUGUCUUGGCGUGGAUCCAACCUCAGUGAACAAUAUGAUGCUAUCCAUUUCAAAAGGAAAACCCGACCAUCUUCAGGAACUUCGACAUGGAGCAGCUUGGGGGGCCGCGGCAAUUGAUCGCCUCGAAAGAGAGAGCAGUUGGGAUAUCAGAAGCGGUGACAUCCUCUUCUAUUUCACCCCAACUUUCACCUCUUUGAGAUACUGGGCCAAGGCAAACCAAUCGAUUGCCAUAUUUACCGAUCGCCUGAAAGAAGUUGAAUAUACAAAAAGCAAGGAGCUCUUGCACACAAAUCACCUAUCUGUUCCGUGCAUAAUCAAGUGCAUAUUUGGAAAGAGAGUCCAACUCUCGGAUGUAUGUCAAUCCCUACACUGCAGUCUUGAUAUUGCUCGGAAGUCAUUUGCAAAAUGGUAUCUAGAGCCGUAUGGAUCGGAUGUCAUGGAUGAUAUAGAAAGACAACAGCUCUUUUCCCCCAUGACACACUCUCCGGGCAUUGGGAUUGAUUAUGAGGCUGAAAGUCAAGCAAGAUGGCGCUCGCAGCCUUCAAGAGACUUCACAAGCGAAGCGCAAAAAAGGCGUCGUUUGAACAGCGGAUUCACUGCGGCACCCGUAGUGUCGUCAUCUAAUCUAGACGGCCUACCUACCACUCCAAACCUGUCGGCCAAUGUGCGAAUACAAACAACCUCCAAUGAAGUGUCCAAUCGGUUCUUACUGAAUUUCCCAGACCAUGAACUGGUAUGCCCAAGUAGAUAUGCGAGCUCUGUGGAUUUGCCACAACAAGAUGACUCACGUCAACGUCAUCUGCAUUUCACCGAAACCACAGGUUCUGCAGAUGUGGAAACACUUUCAUAUGCCCUUCCGUCGUUCAAUGCCAUCUCUGAGAUUCCUUCCAUGCCGCAUUGCAACUUCACCCGCGCUCAGGAAACGACGGAGCUUCCCUCUAAUAACCUUGACUAUUGUAUACCAUCAUUUUCCCAGAUAACGGGCAUUCCCUCCCCUUGA